UUUGACGUUUAUGUAGAAGCAAAUAUUGUAAAUAUUUAUUUUAAUAUAUUUUUUGAAAAUGCCAAAAGAGCAAAAAUACACCCGCAAAACCGAUCGGAUAUAUAUUGCACCUUUCGAAGUGGCAUUGCACAAUCAGCCAGAAGACUGUUGGGUUUCCUUUUUAGGGAAGGUGUUCAACUUGACAAAAUUGGUACAAGAAUUUAAAAAUACUGAUUUAGUUAAGCCUAUUUUGGCUUUCGCUGGCAAAGAUGUAAGUCAGUGGUUUGACGAGAGAAAUGGAGAUAUUCGAUAUUUUAUUAAUCCCGUUACGGGAUGUCGUGUUCCUUUUUGUCCUAAUGGACCAAUACCUCAUGUUGGUCUGCCAACACCGUCAUCAGAUUGGAAACCAGUUCUGUUACCCUGGUGGAAGGAUGACGAAAGAUAUUUUGUAGGACCUCUCACGAAGAGAGUAAGACCUAUCAAUAUCAUAAACAUGCUAAUAGGUACGAAUGUGACUAUAAAUGUAUGCUGUGAAGACACAAUUACAAGAAUAAUGGAAAGAUAUUCAAUUUUUAAUGAAGAUGCCUCAAGUUAUACCUGGAGAUUUGACAACAGGAACUUGGACAUGUUCAAAACAUUAGAAGAAAAUGGGAUUUUUGAUGAAAGGGAUGAUUAUACCCAUGCAGGUCUACCCCAAUCUUUGUACACUCCAGCUAUUUACAUUUAUUACAACGAUGAUAUGAAACAUUAUCUGCCGGAUUCAUCCGAUGAAGGAGAUAUACUGUAAUUUAUCGAAUUAAUUUUUGAAAUACAAUUUAUUUUUUA